AUGGCUGCAAACCGCAAGCUGCAAGCCGAAGCAGAGUGGGAUGUCGUGAACUGCUUCAGCCAAACAGAAUCCAUCAAGUCCACAGUUUCCAGGCUCAUUGCAGAUGUUACCGCACGCUCCAUUGUCCUGGGUUUCUCACCGAUCAAAAGAGGCGCAGCCGAGUACAACCAAUUCAACGGCCACUCUAUCAAGUGGAGCUGCAACGUUUGGAAGCUCACUUCGUUAGCCUGGGGCAGCUUUAGGGGCAUCCUCACUGGUUCGAUGCCCUGA